UCUAGAUGACUGUUUAACAAGUAAACACAAGCUUACCGAAGAUCAACCUCUUGAAGGCUUAAUUUUCAUUUAAUUAACCCACCACCCUCUCCCCACCACAGGAGAGGCCUACAUGAAGCUGAACAAGUUGGCCGAGGCUGAAUACUGGUACAGGGAGUCCCUCAGGGUGAAGCCUGACCAUAUUCCUGCCCACCUGACCUAUGGCAAACUACUGGCCCUCAUGGGUGCUAAAGAGGAAGCAGAGAGGUACUUCCUGACAGCGAUAGAGCUCGAUCCAACGAAAGGGAACUGUUACAUGCACUAUGGGCAGUUUCUGCUGGAGGAGGCUCGUGUGCAGGAGGCCGCUGAGAUGGCACAGAAGGCCGUGUGGCUGGACAGCACUGAGUUUGACGUGGUGUUCAAUGCAGCCCAUAUGCUCAGACAAGCAAGUCUCAAUAAAGAAGCAGAGGAGUAUUACUGUCUAGCUGCGAGCCUGAAACCCAGUCAUCCUGCAGCCUUGAUGAACCUCGGUGCUAUACUGCAUCUCAAUGGGAAACUACAGGAGGCUGAGGCCAAUUACCUCCGAGCCUUGGAGCUCAAACCAGAUGACAUCAUCACGCAGUCCAACCUGCGCAAGCUGUGGAACAUCAUGGAGAGGCAGGGCCUCAAGGCCUCAAGGCCCCUGACCCCUGACACUUGACUGGAGGGGAGUUGGACAUGCUGGUGAUAAACUAUUGACCCUUUGAUGGUGGAGACAUGCACAUGGAUCUAUUGUUCCUGGAACAACUGCUUCUUCAGAAGUCGCCGGUCAUAAGGAAACACAUCUUGGACAUUGUCUUUCCCCCCUUCUCUCCAAAAGUCCAGAGAGUGAACCUGAAGAAGGCCACUGACAUGUACAUGAAGUUCUGCAGUAAACUAGAUAUGGAUUUUUUGGAACUACAUUUAAAUUCUGAUGCUAAUUCUCAUGGUAGCGAUCAUAACAUGGUUAAAUUUGAGGUUAAGUUUAGUGCCCGAAGAGCAAAGCCCAAAUAAAAAAUAUAAAAUGUUAGGAAGGCUAACUUCAAUUGUAUGAGAUUAAAACUAGAAACUGUGAAC